CCAGCCAAAAUUUUCACACUCCUUACCCGUCGGUGGCGGUAAUGCACCAUUAAUUUGUUCUCCAACCGCCAAUAAACAACACAAAAGAAGAAGAGUAGCAGCAGUUUCGAUCCUGAGACGCUGCAGAAGCGAUUGUUAAGACUGAUUGUUUUUUACUGGAUUUGCUGACAUCCUUGCUGCUUCCAUGCACUACCAGACAUGACAGAGAGACAGGACACUCAGGUAGAGGAGGCUGACCAGAUUUACCUGCUCAUGAAGGAGGACUAUCGGAUAUCUAGAAAUGUGCGUCUGGCAUGGUUUGUCAGCAAACUAAAUCAAAUCAUCUGGCCAACGUCCACAUCUGGAUUGCAAAACUCCGAAAAUGAGUUGGACCUGGUUGCUGUCCAACCGAAGGGAUGGCAGCCAAUUUCCAUCCCCACCACAGACCCCUGUGUUUUGAUGCCGUCCACCAGAGCCACCUUUCUGGCCCGCAGGUAUCGCUUCAUCAUUGAGCUGGACCUCAGCCCUUCCACAGGAAUUGUGGAUGACAGCACAGGCGAGAUGAUUUUUGAUGAAGUGUUUCAUGCGUUGUCAAAGUGCCUGUCUGGACUGGCUCGACCAUUUAAAGUUCCUGGAACAGAUCUGCUUUUGAGGCCCAAGAUCUUUAUCACCAUUUUGGUUUAUUCAUCAAUUAUUGGUCUCACUUCACAUCAGGUUUUGGUGCAGGGAUGUCAGCUUGACAAAACAAACCUGAACGAGUUCUUGCAUCAGAUCUACCAACAGCUCAGAGCUCUGGAAAGCAACACAGCAGAAGUCCUGCAUCAGAAGCUACAACAGCUUGAGGAAUCAAGACAAAACCUUAAUCACCAUAACAACAACUUGGAAGAGAAACCUCACAGGAAGCAGGGGAUGUCAGUGGUGUCAGCUGAUAUGGGUCUUGUCAGCAUGGUACGCCAGGGGAUCCUGGCCCUUCAGCUCCUGCCCCCAAAUUCCAGUGCAGGGAUCAUUAUAAUCACUGAUGGUGUGACAAGUGUUCCUGAUGUAGCUGUGUGUGAAAUGUUGCUGAAUCAGCUCAGGAGUGGAACCAUUGCAUGUUCCUUUGUUCAGGUUGGCGGUUCGUACUCGUAUGACUGUAGUUUUGGCUACAUCCCAAAUGUAGAACUUAUGAAGUUCAUUUCCUUAGCCACAUUUGGAUCCUAUUUGCCCAUUUGCCCUGAAGUUGACGAUAGCAACCAGGAGAUGAAUGCCUACCACAGGGCCUUCCUAACCUACUCCUUCCUCAAGAACCCGGAGUCUAUGAACUCAGAAUACGUCUGUGUUUCCCAGGACAAACUGUUCAAUGAGCACCUAGUGUCAGCCAGCGGUAACCCUGCCCUGGUCAUGCGGAGGAAGAAGCACACAGAGAAAGAAGUCCAUGCUCAUUUAAUCAGUGUAGUUUCAGUGCGACUGAGAGAAGGCUACACCAUCAGAGACAUCAGCCUCACCAAAGGAGGGACCCAGCUGGAGGUGAAGUUGGCUCUGCUAUGGAAACACAACAUGCAUAUCGAAUACCUAGCAGCUGCCACCUGGCCUUUGGACCUAUCCAACAGAAGCACUAAGGUGGAGGUGACAAUGGAAGGCAGCUAUGACAUCCUGCAUGAUAUCAGCUGCACACAACGGAAGCCCAUUACCAGUCCAUACCGCACUUCUGUCAUCCGCCGCUUCUGGAACACACUUCAGAGCAUCAACCAAACUGAUCAGAUGUUGGUGCAUCUGCAGUCAUUCAAUUCAAUUCCUGAGAACUACAUGAUUCCAGAGAGCACCAAAAACGGAGUCCCUCUAUUCUACAUCCCUCCUGGCUCUACGACUCCGGUUCUGUCUUUGCAGCACAGUGGAUCCAAAGACCCAUCUCAGUCUCAGUUUGCAUCAUACUGGAAACCGAUCCUGUCUAUGGACACAAACUUCUGGCAGAGAUGGUUACACAUGCACCGCAUUGCUAUCAUCCUUGAACAUGACUUACCUGUCCCUAAACACCUGCACACAGCUGGAAACAAUGGACGGUAUAGUACCAUCCAGUGUCGGAUCUCACAUUCUGCUCUCACAUCCCUGCUGAAGGACUGCAGCAGCUUUGUGUUGGUGGAAGGUUACUCGUACGUCAAACUCAUUUACAGUUCAUUGGAUCAAAUUCCCACAUCCUUUUACUUGGUCCGUCUGAUCUCUAAGGCACCCUGCAUGGUUCUGCGUCUGGGCUUUCCUAUUGGGACACCAGCCAACGUUAGAAACAAGAUUGUGGAUGAGCUGCGAGAGCAAAUUCUUAAGCUUCGCUUCCCUCACCGUGUUCAGAACAAAGAAGCAACACCGAAGACCAAGAGGAAAACAGUUGGCCAUGUGUCUCCAUCCAAACCUCCCUUGGUUCCUGUGGCCAAGCCUGCUCUUUCUGACAGACCCUGUGUAGUGGUCCUCAGUAAGCCUCUUGAGAAGUUGCUGAUAAGGUAUGAGAAGCUGCCGCUGGACUUCAGGACUCCCUUUAUUUUCAACAUGGAGAAUUUCCUUGUUCCCUUCAACAAUGCUGUACCCCUCAGCAUGGCAGCCAACCGAGCAGCCUCAUCAACCUUGGCCUCACUGUCACGUUAUUUGCUACAUCGACGGUGGGUGUGGGCAUUGCAGAGCAGUCAAGGACCGGCUGUGACCUUGCAGGCUAUUGCUCACAUCUUGUCAGUGCUCUCUGAGAUUCGCCUAGCAGAAGGUUUUCACUUUGCUGCUAGCGGGGAGGGCAUCAUAAACAUGGUGAUAGAGCUGCCAAUGAAGAUUAUAUCAAGCGACACAGACCAGGAGAGUCACUCUUGUAUUGUUCAGUACAUUCUGUUUCCACCUCACUCAACCUCUAGCAAGGACAGCUUUUCUACGGAUGAUGACAACGAUACAGAGGUGGAAGCUGUGGAUAUAGACUCAGAACUGAACCUGAUAACAGAAUGCUGGGUAGAACCACAGAGUGGCUCGGUGAUGAACUGCAUGGACCAGCAUCGACACUUCCAAGGCCUCAAAUACCAGGACAUUCCACAAGCCAUUUUCCCAAGGGAUCUGGCAUGCAUGUCCACCAUGAUGACGUUUGAGUAUUUGAAUCAGCUCUGUCAAAAUAAGAAUCAGAUCUGCUCACUUCCCACUGCAAACAAAGUUGUGCAAGGAGAAGUCCCAGUGUCUGAGGACAGCAUCCAUAUGGUUCCCUUCCAAUUUGAUCUCAUUCAACUUCUUCCAAAUUGUCAGCAGGUUGAACUAUUCUUCCUCACAUUCAAUACAGAUGUAGAGAAUGAAGAUAAGAUUCACAGCAACUCCACUCUUCCCAAUGAGCUCCUGCUCAGCCUCUUCCACACCAGCCUGGAACAGGAACUCAGUGACAGAGAGGUCCCGUUAGAUGCAGCUGACUAUGCUGCCUUCAUGAACCACAUUUUAGAGCGAGAACGAGAUGGCCAUGUCGCUCCUUUCGCUUGGUCUCUUAUUAAAGAAGAAUGUCUUAAACCUACAUACAGAAAAGACACCACUGGUAGCAGCACGGAGUUCAUGGGAUCUACAAGCACUUUACAGAGUUUCAGUAAUGCAGACCUUGUUGAUGAAGAGCUGUUAGAAAGGAACUCCUCUGUACCACAUUGGAGGUGCUAUGCCAAGUACAUUAACACCCAGCAACUCCUCCUCACAUUCCUUCCUGCCACCUUUGCAGAUGUUCUGCUGCUGAUGGCAUCAGCGUUGGGGACUGAGCCUCGAAAUACUGUCAGUGCGCAAGAGGACGAUACCCUGACUCCCAGCACCAGGUCUCAGGCAGACUCCCCGUCAGGUUUCACCAGUGGCCCUGAUAGGUCAGAAUCUGGAUAUAGUGUGAGCUCAAAGCUGCACAGGAGCUCUAGCUGUGGGAACUUCUCAGCCAAGUCCUCUUUCCUUACACCUCUGUCUGAGAACCACACUGGGCCGGUGGACUUUUUGCAUGUGGACCUGGACAGUAGACUGUCAGAAACAGAUGCUGGGACACCAGGCUCAGAUCCUGGAGGAAAAGAGGGAGUCCAGUUUUCUGAACCACAGAAGGAGCCAUUGCGCAUCAGCUUAAGCAGCCAGGUUUCCCAGCAGAGCUCAAGUGACAGCAGUCACUUAAAAUGCCCAGUUUAUGUGUACAACUGCUCUCUGGAGCACCUAAAAGAACAAUUGGUACACCCCAACUCAUGUUGCCAACCGAAGGACAUCUUUUUCAGGUCUUUAUCUCAGGAUCGCAGCGGUCCAUCCACAUGGACAGACAUCCUGUCGCAACUUCACAAAUAUAAAGAGCUGUCCAACUACUGCAGCCUGCUACAGGAGCACUACCACCAGAGUUAUGUCAGAGGUGUGUACCGCAGCCUGCAGCAGUCCUACAGCAUAAGCUCCCAGGACAUCCUCAUGGCAAUGGACUACUGUGAAGAGUCGCUCCAGGAGAUCGACAUCACAGCUUUCCUACAGACCCUCUGUGGUCACAUCCGGGUCUUUAGGGAGAGCAGCAAGGCUAAGAAACUAGGAGGAGGUCCAAGACCUGCCACCUUUAGUAUUGGAGAGGUUCAGGAAGAUCAAGCAGAGGCCAGAACUGUCAUGGUCAACUCAUGCAGUACCACUGCAGUGGAGGAUGGCUGUGAAGUCAAAUUUAAAGGGAAGGCUUCUCAGUGGACCCUGGAUGAGUCCAAAAUCCUGUCGUUCCCUUUGACCCUGUUGCAGACAGACUCCAAAUGUGAAGUAUAUCCAGAUCUGCACAACAUUAUUCAGGACAAGUUUCUGAUGACCCUGUCUCGGUAUUUUAAAAGUGUCCCAUCUAACCCACACUACUACUUCUAUUUUCCUCUGCCAUGCAAGAAACAGGUGGACUCUGAGGAUGAUAUGACCGAAAGAAGAUGUAGUGAAGAGCUGGUUUCAGAGGCUGAGCCUACAAGUGAAGACGAGAUUGUAUCAAGCUCUUCUUUGAUGGAAAGUGACACAGACUUGGUGGUUGAGUAUGAGGACCACAUCAGCAGCAGCUGUCAGGAAGAGGGUGAAGAACGCUCCCAAUCGAAUUCCAACACUGUCAACCAGGAUCAAGACUCCUUCAGCAUCCUAGAUGGAGAGUCUCUGCUAGAGGCAGAGGGGCCGCAGCUGGACAUGCCACCACUGUUUCUCCACGUCACUUGUUCUGUCAGCAUGAACAGCAGCCAUGGUUCCAUGCCUAUUCAGACUCUACCCACAUGCCUCGGUGAGAUUAUCUCCUGUCUUGAGAAUUCUGAGACACUCCAGUCUGUUGAUCUUACUGAGCUCUCAGUAACUCUGGAUGUAUUUGUGCUGACUCUGCCCCUGGAAAUUGAAGUCACGGUUGAUUACCAUCACAACAGGUGUACCUCAGAGAGCAGUGUCUCCCUGAAUCGUUCACCAGGACAGCCCUCUUCCUAUCGCUCUGAUGAGGAGUUGAUGACAGUGUUAGAAAGUCUCAGGGGAAAUGGUGUUGAAAGGGUCUCUGGGGAUCCCUUAUCCAAAUUACCGCUUCCUCACAAAUUAGCAAUUCUGGCUACACUUGACGAGAUCCGCUGGCUGCUGGAGGAUGAGAUUGUUUCUGCUCUGUGUCAUUCUCGGGUUAUCAACUCGGCCACGCUGCUGAAAGUAGCAGAGCACGUUUUAAGCUCCAGCGGUCGACCACACUGCCACUGUGAAGAUGUUCCUCUUCUGUUUGUCUUUGGGCCUGAGCAGUCUCUGGAGAAAUUCAAAGAGGAGUUCUGCAGAUUGUCAUUCUCUGGGUGCAUUUUGAAUGGAGUACAGGACAGCUUCUACUACAUGUCCCUAAGCAGACAUCACCCACAGAGGAUCCAAGCCACCAAGAGGUUGUCUGAGACCACAACAAACCCCCCACAAGACACUGGCAGUUGCAGUCCUAGAACUCACAUGAAGGCUAUAAUGGUGGACAGUGAAUCAGAGUCUGGGAACAGCAAGGAGAGUGAAGACAAGAAGGCCUUCAAUCUUCACACGGAUUCUUUCAGGGACUCGGCUAUUACUACUUCUACUACUACUGCAGAAGCUGGAGAAACAGUCCGAGCCAAGAAACUUGACUCAGAAGACAUUGCUAGUACAGUGGUGGAAAGGGGUCUGCCCAGCCCUGACCACCUUCCGCCAGAUUACUACAAUCCUGAGUCCAGUUCUCCUCCAAAGAUGACAUCCAAUGUCAGCCUGACUGAAUCUGUACAGUCAGCCUCUCACAGCUGCAGCAGACUCAGGCCCAGUCGUGUCCAGAGUGUUGUCUCCAGCCAGGGUAGUCUGGACUCAGACAUGCAGGGUUAUGAUGGUGAUAGCAGUGAUUCUGAGUGUGAGAGUCCUACCACUGAAGAACAGGAUGGUCAAUCACCUUCAAUGCCAGACUUCUGGCUAAUUGUUAACAUCCAUCAGGACAGAGUAAAGGUGUACUCUCAUGCCAGAUCCUUAAGCGAAGAAAAAGAGAUUGGUUCAGAGGAGCUAGGAGGCAAAGUGGAAGAACAUAAGCAGCCUGAAUUCUUAGAACUGCAUCAAACAGUGGUCAGGAAGAUUGGUGAAGUCUGCCGGAUUGUCAAUCAGCGUAUGCUGCUCCAGGACCUGCAUGACAGCCAUGUAUGUAACACGCUGCUGGUUGCUGAAAGUGAGGAGGACAUCUGGAAGAACGACUCUGUCUUCAGGCAGAGGCAGAACACUACCGAUGACUACAACACAGAAGAGAGCUACCAGGCCAAAGACUACUUGGCAGCCACCAUGCAAUUUAUUCCCGGGCAUUUUGCAUGUGAUGUCGUGUGGAAUACAGUUAUCCACAUCCAUCCUCGCCUUAAGAUGGGACCCAACAUGGGGGUGUCCAGGGCAAUUCAGGCCCUUCGCUCCGUGCUGAACUCCUUCUCUGUAGUCAAUAGAAAGAACAUGUUUGUCUACCAGGAGCGCACAACGAAAUCAGUCUUCUACCUCAGACUCUGUGAAACCUCACUGACAGGCAAGUACUCUGACCAUGAGGGAAACCUUCAUCCGAUUCGCUCGAUGGGGCUCUUUAGGAGUCAGGAGCCUUUUUAUUCAGAAGACCUUAUGGGCUCCAGAUCUUCUUUGGAAGGCUCUCGGCCUGUAGGACAAGUUGACAAGCACAUACUGCUUCUAGUGCAUGGAGUGGAUAAUGCAGGGCCAGAAAUCACGGAUGAACUGGUUAAGGUGCUACGGAAGCGUCUGGAUGAAACUACAUUGGACAUUAUCACAGUUAUGCUUGUUAGGAACUGUAAGCUGACUCCAGCUGAUGUGGAGUUUAUCCAGCCAUCAGGAUCUCCUGCCACUGGGAUCAUGACCUUCACUCUGCCACAAUAUUGCCUUUCCUGGCUUCCCACUGUGGCCCACUACCUCAGACAAAACCUACUUAUCUUCCUGCAUGUACCCAAGUACACUGACAGCAAUACAGCACACCAUUUCAAGCACUACUUUCAUUUGAGCCGGGACUUGGCUGACUCUGAUAUCUACCUCUACAAUAAGCCUGGAGGCCAGGGAACAGGAGGAAAAGGCAUUGCCUGCAUUGCACUUUCAUUUGUGGAUGCUCAAGGUUGCCCCCUUCAGGUUGCAGCUCAGGACUGUCUCCCUGUGCCAAAAUCUGAACCUUGCACCCCCCCUCUUCACCCAGAACAUUUUGAUGAGCUGACAACUGUGAUUAAAGCAGAAGCCAAAAACAUCGGUCAACAAUCAGCCCGACUAUAUGUGCGCUUUGAUAUUUGGGAACAGGGGAACAUCAGCCCCUUGCAGCUGAGUGAUAAACUGCAGGGGGCGCUGCGCCAUGCACUCUGUGAUGCCAUCAUGGAGCUUAGAGUCUUGCCAAAUCCUCUUUGUCUUGGUGUCCUAGCAAGCAAAGUUCAGCGACAAGAAACCAAAGGACAAGGAACAUCUUUACCUGAGAUGAAUGAAAUGAAUGACAGCCUCAGGCAACGUAGUGGCUCACAGGUCUUUAAGACUAGCCCUUCUCCACUCACCCUAAACCAGUCUGUAUGCAACAAUCCGACUACAGGGACCAGCACACCAGAAUCUACUACACCCACCAAUAAAAGCACACGCCGGAGCUUCUGGGAUAUACUGAGUAAGCCCGACUCAGCAGAGCUUGGGAGCCCCAAGACAACCGAUGACAUUGUUCAAGAAAAGGGAGAAGAAGGCCGGGCACCACGGCGAAGACACAAGACAGAGAACGUGAAGCAGCAGUGGAGUCAAGAGAGAGCUGUAGCUGUGGAGCUGGAGCAAGCUCAGAGGAGGCAGGUCUCUCAGUUGGAGGAGGGCGAUGCAGGCACUUUACACCCUGUCUACCAGGAUACUUGCCAGCUAUGGCUCACUUUCAUGGCUAAACUUGGCUGCCCCUCCAUUCAACAGUGCACAACUGAAAUUGCAUCCAACUUCCUGCUCCCUUCUAUCUUGACAGAGAUCAUUAAUCUGGUCAGUUCUCUGGCCAGUGAUACAACAGUGAAAUCAUUCGAAAGGACAAGCUGCCCCUCUACUGGAGAUGUGUUUGUUCCAUUUCCUUUCGUCCAGCAGCUCAGCCACCCUCCAGAUGCUAAAAGAAGCUUCAUUCUCAUUGGCCGAAAUUUCCAACAGUGGCACUAUUGCACAGAGCAAGAAGACAGUUCAGAUGAGGAAAGCUCCCCAAGGCUAAAUAGGUUCACACCUCACAAGGGCUUCCAACGCUUUGAGGCUGUGGAACAGAGUGAAAUAAUCAGUCCUGGCCAGGCUGAAGCAGGACAAGCUCCCCGACAGAGGUUCCUGUUCAUCAGCAUUGUGGACAAAAAGGUGAUUCUGUACAGCUAUAACUGGUCUGUGGACCUGGGCGCGUCUCUGAACCGUGAGCUUGUGCGCCUUGUAAAGUGGCACAAUGCAAGGGCUCAUGUUGUCCACUGUCUCUUCAACCAAAAGAUGGGCCUCUUCCAUCACUACUGCUUCUCUGAUGCACCUCUGCAUGAACUGGACUCCAAGAUGGAUCCUAACCCAUUUCUAAGCCCAUCAAUGGAGCCUGAUGCGUUGCUGCGUAGUGCAGUUGCCCCCUUGCCAAGCAAGGAGCAGGGGAGGCUUGGAGGUUCGGGCCGAAGUCUUGCUCCACUUCAUUUCCCCUCUGAGCUGCUUCCCUUUGAUGAGGCUCUGAGGGAUGUCUGCACUAUCCGACCCUUGACGGAAGGAGAUGUAGUGGUUCGACAUGGUAACCAGCUCUUGGACAUGAAAGCUGCUGAGCGCAGAGAAAUGGAGAAGCAAAUGAAGAUUGAAAACUUGUUUGUCACUUGGCAGCAGAGGUCAGCACAGUCUAACAUGCCAAUUUCGGGGACAGAUUUGGAGACACUGAAGCAGUCAUCACGGCUGGUUCACUACUGUGCCACACCUCUUCUCUUUGACCCUGGCUUUCGUAAGCAGAUCCAAGAGGAACCAACUUAUCAGCCGAUUGUAAAAAAAAGGCAUUGUUCCAGUGACUCCACAGCGUCAGGUCGAGAUCGAAGCUGCAGCACUGACUCAGCCGACAUGCUUCCCAGCCGACUCAAAGAGGAGCCAUGGCUGCUUGAGAUUUCUAACAACUUCCUUCAGCAGUACGUCCAGUACCUACAGAGUAUGGGCUUCAUUCUAGUCCAGGUCCGGCCUCCAUCUCCCGCUCGCAGUAUUGCCAGAGCCCGUGCUGCCAUGCUGAGCUCCAUGUCGUUGGAAGGAAGGAUGUCUUUUUCUUAUGUGAAGCAGAAGAGUGAGGACAACCCUAAGACUUCAGCAUCUGGCACCACUUCAUAUCACCUGCAGAGAGCACUGCCAGGAGGGAUCGUGUUGAUGGAAUUGGCUUUUCAGGGGUGUUACUUCUGUGUAAAGCAGUAUGCGCUGGAGUGUUCCCGCAUCCCGAUGGGCCAGACAGUGAACUCCCAGGGCACCCUCCUCACCAAACUUCGUUGCAAGCCGUUUCCAGAUGCCACACCAGUAUGUGACUGUGCGUUGUCCAUGCUCUUUACUGAGGAGUGUGAUAAGGUGCGGGACCUGAUGCACGUUCAUUCCUUCAGCUACGACUUUCACCUGCGCGUUGCUCACCAGUACUUGGUUGGAUGCCACAUGACGCUUCGUCAGGGCUACCAGCUCAUGGACUUCCUUGAUGACUUCAUCUGCCAUUACCCAGAUAUUCCCAAGUUUGGUCACAAUCACAUCUUUCAAGGAAGCUUUUCAGUCUCCACGGGGAUGAUAACAGCUCACCAGCUCUACAACUACAUCAUUGACCAUGCCAGCACUUAUGGCAUGAAGCCUCUCCGCAUGUCAAAAGCUGCAGUCGCUACUGACAACAGGAAAGGGACUGCUGACCUCCAUGAGUAUGCACUAGUGGCUCUGUGGAACAGCUCGGGCUCUUACAAGGAUCUGGAAGGCCUUCACCACCAUGAUGAUUUUGAUGUGUCCCUGGUAGUGUGUCAUAAUGCUGCUCCAUUUGAAGAGCAGUCAGAUGGAGAAAGACAUUUGCUAAGGUUGCGAUUCUAUGUAAUCAUGACCAGUCAAAGGGAACUGUUCCCACAUCUCACUGCUGACAUGCGCCGCUUCAAGAAGCUUCCGCAAAUUUACCGUGAUCCAAAUGAGCCAGGCAGUCAGCAUUCUCGGGAUCGAGCAGAAAGCACCGGGUCAAGUGGAGACAGCCAGGACCUUUGGGAGGAAAGGUCAUCCGAAGCUGCCGUGGUCUCAGCUCCUAGUGAUGGCAACGAAUUUUACCCCCUGACAAGGGGUAGGCCAGGGACUCAGGGGGUAAUCUACAGCUCCCCUUUGUUUCCUUUGCUCAACAAUGAGGUGGCUUCAGCUCGCAAACAGAUCCAGGCCAGUGUGGAGCAGGCCAUGGGUCACUGCCGCCGGGAUAACCUGUGGAGGAGGCUGUUCCACGGAGAUCAUAUGGCCCUUGACAAAUUGAAGCUGGCUAGGCUGUCAUUUACAGAACUGGAGGAACUGCUGCAGGCUGUUCAGAGCCAUUCAGUGGGGGAUAUUGACCCACAGCUGGAUUAUUUCCUAACCAUGAGCCCAGCAUGGUACCAGAGUCUGAUCAAAGUCCUACUGAGUCGAUUUCCCCAGAGCUGCAGACACUUUGACGAUAACGGCAUCCAGUAUCUGGCUGUUCUGAACCAGAAGUUCACAGAUUGCUUUGUUUUGGUCUUUCUGGACAUCCAAGCAGGAAAAACUAGCUUAAAGGUGGUAUUUCGGGAGCUGUUGCCAUCUCAGCCUCAGGCCAGCAGCAGUCCUCCUCCUCAGCUGGUGUCUAUGUACCACCACCUGGAGUCUGUCGUCAACACAGCCUGCUAUAACCUCUGGACAGGACUAUUGUAGAGCUGACAGCAUGACGCCUAACUCAUGUUCACAAAUGAUUUGUGACGGCAUUCAUUUAUCCAAUCAUGCCAAGCAGUGUUAGGAACAACCUGAGAUGUUUCAGACUUGGAGAUGUGUCAAGAUUAGUGUCUAUUUAAACUCCUACUGCCACAUCGGUGCCAAGAAGUGCCUUUAUUUGUAUUUGUAUUUUUUUAUUUUUCUAAACCCCUGAAGAUAAUAAGCUGAUCAGCUCUGCGUAAGGUAAACUGAUGUGAUGAGUAGGUUUACAGAGCUCUAAUUAAUAAGGAAGGAAAUACCAGUAUUAGCUUUGGCUAUGAACCACAAGCCACAUGUUAUUAGUGAUUUUUCUGUGGUGUGUGAGAGGGAAUAAGUUUGACACAUUAAACAAAUGUGACUAGUACUCAUCCUACAGUUUCGAGGCUGAAAUAAAGCCACCCAUAAAUAGGGAGGCUACAUGACACACUGACCGGAGGAAACAAACAUAGACCUGUGGAUAAUAUUCUGUGCUCUGCCUGAGUCUAAAAUAGAGCAGUUUCAUGUUCGUCAUGAGAACACGACUGUAAUCUAAGCACUGCACUAACUCAAUCAUGUAUAUUGUGUAUGCAACAUGUAAUUCAGCAUUGUAUAAAGGUGAAUUUAGCAGGAGAGUGAAUAAAGGAUAUGAAAUGGGCA